AUGGCAGCUUCUCUAGCACUCUCCGCUACCACCGUUGGGGUUGAAGAUGUAGCUGACAUAGAGGUCUUAGAGACGGAGUACCUAUUUGAGAAGCUUUUGAUGCCAAGCGACAUAUGUGGGAACACUGAAUGGCUUGGAAUUUCAGAAGGGCAUGCUUGGAAACUAGGAAGGAUGGUCCAGGGCCAGGACGGUCACUUCACCGUCUUCGUUGAGGAUGGCGUGGUGCCUGGGAAGCAGUGGCGCUUCAGGUCGGGGGCUCGUGCAAACCUUUCUUCAUUCACCACAUCGCCUCAUGGCUUGUCUGCACCGUUAGGACAAGCCAAUCCGCGUGCUGGGAAUGAGGUUGGUGGCAGUGGGCGGAAAAGGCAAGCAUCCUCGGGAUUUGCAGGGGCGCUACCAAUGCCGCUGCCUGUGUCAUCACGCCGUCGACACCACACCACGGUUGUGCGCCUAAUACCAGAGCCUAUGACAGAGACACCACCGGUUCUUGAAUCCAUGUUCCUCAUUGCGACACCACCUGUAGUGAAGACGAUACGACUCUUUGGAGUUGACAUCAAGGUGCCACUGCCCUCUAUUGUCCAGCCAAAAAGAGAAUCCAACCCAUGA